AUGCCAUCGUUUGACGCCGAAAGUGCCGUUGGCCAGCAGUUGAAGGCUUCUUUAAUAGUGGAGUUGGGCAACAAGUAUGGGUUGACCGACGAUGCUGAAGAUGUGGCAGAUUAUAUUAUAGUGUUGAUCGGCAGUCAUAAAACGGCCACCGAGAUUGUGUCGGAAGUGAAAGAAAUAGUGGAUAUUGGAAUCGAUGAAGCGUUUGUUAACACCAUCUUUAUGGAGAUACAACGGUUGAUACAACAAGAACAGCAACAAGCACAAAAUCAACAACCUCAGCAGCCAGUAAAACAGGUUCAAAUACAACAACAGCCUCAGAUGCAACCGCAACAACCCCAGCAACCGCCCCAGGAUCAACCACAGGCAUCACAGCCGAUGAACGAGCUGGAAAGAGCGCAGUUUGAUGACAUGGACAUGGCCCCUUCACUCCCAACUGGCCCUCGAGGUAUGAAAAAUAUUCGCGGACGUGGCCGUGGUGGCGUUGGUGGCGUUGGAAAGGGCCGUGGAGCCCACCAGGGCACAAAGCGGUCGUUUGCCACGCAGAAUGCCGCCAAUUUUGAAAAAGCAAUGGCUUUAAGUAACGCUAAUGUGAACUUGAAACAGUUUAUACAAAAACCUGCGCUUGGAAGAUGCAAGGAUUUCCCCAACUGUUCAAACAAAAACUGCCCUUAUGCCCAUCCUACAAAAAUCUGCUUUUCUUUUCCAAAUUGCAAAAAUCCACCAGGAACAUGUAAUUAUUUGCAUCCAGGUGAGGACGACGAAUUGAUGGCUAAAUUGGACGAGAGUCGUAAAGAAUACUUGGAACGCAAGAGUCGUCCUGUGGAGAAGGCAGGCACCCUUGGAAUCUGCAAAUUCGGUAUACUUUGCUCCAAGGAAUUGUGUCCUUUCGGCCAUCCAACCCCAGCCAAUCAAGAGGCCAAGGUUAUGGUUCUCGAAUGGUGCCCAGCCGGUAAAGGGUGCCAGGAUCCUCUGUGUGCCAAGGCACAUCCAUCGCCAAACUAUCAAGCUCCUCCUCCUCAACCCAAGCAAAGACCUCCACCGGUUUCGAAGGAGCUUCUGUUGGAGCAGUGCAAGUAUGGUGCCAACUGUACAAAGGCCAACUGUCCACGUCGACACGCAACAUCAGUCGUUCCUUGUCGUGAUGGGGCUUCUUGUACCAAGCCGUACUGCUACUUUUCGCACCCAAUUGACGAGGAUUGUCGAUUUGGAACUGGAUGCACCAACAAGUAUUGUAUGUAUAGACAUCCAGAUGGACGUCAAGUGCAGUCCAACACAUGGACCAAGGAAGAUGGAACCAGCCAGCGGGCAUUUGCUGUUGCCGAUGAUCAGGUGAUGGAACAGGCCGUACAAGAGUAG